AACUGCUUCUAAUUUAACAAUGAAGCGCUACGUCUGCAUCAAUGAUGAUGAAUCAUCGCAUGAUCUUUACUGUGACAACCGCAUAUCAAACAGAAAAUAUACUUUAUUGAACUUCCUCCCAAAAAAUUUAUGGGAACAGUUCAGCCGGUUCAUGAACCAAUACUUUUUGUUGAUUGCUUGCCUUCAGCUAUGGCCACUAAUCACGCCAGUGAAUCCUGCCAGUACAUGGGGUCCCCUUAUCUUUAUUUUUGCAGUCUCUGCAACAAAAGAGGCAUGGGAUGACUACAAUAGAUAUCUAUCAGACAAGAAGGCAAAUGAGAAGGAAGUCUGGGUUGUUAGGCAGGGGAUAAGAAAACUUGUCCAAGCACAGGACGUUCAUGUGGGUAAUAUUGUAUGGAUCCGGGAGAAUGAUGAAGUACCAUGUGAUCUUGUUUUGAUUGGUACUUCAGAUCCACAGGGCGUUUGCUAUAUAGAGACUGCUGCCCUAGAUGGUGAAACUGAUUUGAAGACGAGGGUUAUACCCUCUGCUUGUGUAGGAAUAGAUUAUGAACUAUUGCACAAGAUCAAGGGUGUUAUUGAGUGUCCUAGUGCAGAUAAGGACAUUAGGAGGUUUGAUGGAAAUGUUAGGUUGUUCCCCCCAUUUCUUGAUAAUGAUGUGUGCCCUUUAACAAUAAAAAACACAAUUCUCCAGUCAUGUUACUUGCGGAAUACAGAGUGGGCUUGUGGAGUAGCUGUAUACACAGGCAAUGAAACCAAGCUGGGCAUGAGUAGGGGGAUACCCGAACCAAAGCUUACAGCUAUGGAUGCCAUGAUUGACAAGUUGACUGGAGCUAUAUUUGUUUUCCAGAUUGUGGUUGUUAUUGUUCUAGGCAUAGCUGGUAAUGUUUGGAAGGACACAGAAGCUAGGAAGCAAUGGUAUGUAGAAUAUCCGAAGGAAGGCCCAUGGUUUGAACUGUUGGUUAUCCCUCUUCGCUUUGAGCUUCUAUGUUCUAUCAUGAUUCCCAUAUCAAUUAAGGUAUCUCUGGAUCUUGUGAAGAGCUUAUAUGCAAAAUUUAUUGAUUGGGAUAACCAGAUGAUUGACCAAGAAAGUGGUACUCCAGCCCAUGCAACAAAUACAGCAAUAAGCGAGGACCUGGGACAAGUUGAGUACAUUUUAACUGACAAAACUGGUACCCUAACUGAAAAUAAAAUGAUCUUUAGAAGAUGUUGCAUCAAUGGUGUUUUCUAUGGGAAUGAGAGUGGGGAUGCGUUGAAAGAUGUGGAGCUGCUAGAUGCUGUUUCCAGUGGCUCUCCAGAUGUUAUACGUUUUCUUACGGUUAUGGCAAUAUGUAAUACAGUUAUACCGAUACGAAGCAAAAGUGGAGAUAUAUUGUACAAGGCACAGUCUCAGGAUGAGGAUGCUCUUGUUCGUGCUGCUGCUCGGUUGCAUAUGAUUUUUGUAAAUAAGAAUGCAAAUAUUCUUGAGAUCAAGUUCAAUGCUUCAACAAUUCAAUAUGAAGUCUUGGAGACUCUCGAGUUCACUUCUGAUAGGAAAAGAAUGUCUGUAGUUGUGAAAGAUUGCCAGAAUGGAAAGAUCUUCCUUUUGACAAAAGGAGCAGAUGAAUCUAUUCUGCCUCAUGCAUGUGCUGGACAGCAAACAAGGGCAGUUAUCGAAGCUGUGGAACAUUAUGCUCAAUUGGGGCUGCGUACACUAUGUUUGGCUUGGCGUGAAUUAAGGGAAGAUGAGUAUCGAGAAUGGUCUUUGUUGUUUAAAGAGGCUAGUAGCACCUUAGUUGAUAGGGAGUGGAGAAUUGCUGAUGUUUGCCAAAGGUUAGAACAUGAUUUGGAAAUUCUUGGAGUCACUGCAAUAGAAGACCGUCUACAGGAUGGUGUACCAGAAACAAUAGAAACACUAAGAAAAGCAGGAAUAAACUUUUGGAUGCUGACUGGAGACAAGCAGAAUACUGCCAUACAGAUUGCUCUCUCAUGCAAUUUUAUUUCUCCAGAGCCAAAAGGUCAGCUUCUGUCAAUUGAUGGAAAAACUAAAGAUGAAGUUCGUACAAGUUUAGAGAGAGUUCUACUUACAAUGAGGAUAACGGUGUCAGAACCUAAGGAUGUGGCAUUUGUUGUUGAUGGUUGGGCUCUUGAAAUUGCACUUACAUAUUAUCGGAAAGCUUUUACCGAAUUAGCAAUAUUGUCGAGGACUGCCAUAUGUUGUCGUGUGACGCCAUCACAAAAAGCACAGCUUGUGGAGCUCUUAAGAUCAUGUGACUAUAGAAUAUUAGCUAUUGGGGAUGGUGGGAACGAUGUGAGGAUGAUACAGCAAGCUGAUAUUGGCGUUGGCAUUAGUGGACGAGAAGGACUGCAGGCAGCGAGGGCAGCUGAUUAUAGUAUUGGGAAGUUCAGGUUUCUGAAAAGGCUGAUACUGGUCCAUGGGCGGUACUCAUACAACCGUACAGCAUUUCUGUCCCAGUAUUCCUUUUAUAAAUCCCUACUAAUAUGUUUCAUCCAAAUAUUUUUCUCUUUUAUUUCAGGUGUCUCUGGAACUAGCCUUUUCAACUCUGUGAGCCUAAUGGCUUAUAAUGUUUUCUACACUAGUAUUCCUGUUCUAGUCAGUGUCCUUGACAAAGAUCUUAGUGAAGAAACUGUCAUGCAGCACCCACAAAUUUUAUUUUACUGCCAAGCGGGGAGGCUGCUAAAUCCUAGCACAUUCGCUGGAUGGUUUGGGAGAUCUCUCUUUCAUGCAAUUGUUGUAUUUGUAAUCAGCAUACAUGCUUAUGCCUAUGAAAAAAGUGAAAUGGAAGAGGUUUCCAUGGUGGCACUCUCUGGAUGUAUUUGGUUGCAGGCCUUUGUUGUGACAUUGGAGACCAACUCCAUUACAAUACUUCAAUAUAUUGCCAUAUGGGGUAAUUUGGUUGCCUUCUAUGUCAUCAACUGGAUAUUCAGUGCCCUUCCAUCUUCAGGGAUGUAUACAAUUAUGUUUAGGUUGUGCAGACAACCAUCUUAUUGGACAACUGUGUUUCUCAUAGUUGGCGCUGGGAUGGGUCCAAUUCUAGCUCUCAAGUACUUCCGAUAUACAUACAGGCCAAGUAAAAUCAAUAUACUUCAGCAGGCGGAACGCAUGGGCGGGCCGAUUUUGUCCAUCGGGAGCAUCGAACCACAGGCAAGGUCUUUAGAGAAGGAUGUUUCUCCUUUGUCUAUAACCCAACCCAAGAACAGGAAUCCAGUUUUUGAACCUCUACUAUCAGAUUCUCCAAAUACUAGAAGGUCUUUUGGAUCAGGAACACCAUUUGAUUUCUUUCAAUCACAAUCCAGAUUGUCUUUGAGCUACACAAGAAAUUGUAAAAACAAUUGAAUUGUACAAGUCAUUCAGCAGCUCAGAACAAAUUAAUGGUUUCUAGGUGCCACAGAUGAACUGUAUUAUCAUUUUUUGCUGGAAACCAGCAUUAUAUGUAGCUAGAAAUCUUGUUCAUGCUACUUACAAAAAUCAAUGGUAUAUACAAUGCUAAUUUUUCGUC